AAAACGAUAUAAACACAACGUAUUUCAAGUAAAAUUGUUUGUAUAUAUAGUAUAUAAACUUGCCUUAUCAAUUGACGUAAAUAUUAUUGUACUGUAGAACUCUUCAAAAUGUCUUUCAAAUCAAGUACGUAUCUCGCUGUGUUUGUGCUCGGCAUUGCUGUGACUGCUUUCAAAAUUUCUGAUGAUGCCGAGUACGUAUUCUAUAACCGCGAGAGCUGGGGCGCAGUGGAAGCCACAGACAAGAGACCACUAGACACCCCAGUGCCGUACGUGGUCAUCCACCAUACAUACAUCCCGCCCGCCUGCUACAGCAAGGAGGCCUGCAUGGCGGACAUGAGAAGCAUGCAGAAAUACCACAUGGAGACUAUGGACUUUGGGGAUAUUGGAUACAAUUUCUGCGUGGGCUCCGAAGGCGGGGCGUAUGAGGGUCGAGGGUGGGACAUUCUGGGCAUCCACGCGAGGAGAGCCAAUAACUUCAGCAUCGGGAUCUGUCUGAUUGGAGACUGGAGAGAAGAGCUCCCGCCUGCGAUUACCCUGGAGACGACCAAGGCGCUGAUAAAGCAUGGAGUAUCACGAGGCGCCAUCAGGCCCGACUACAAACUGAUCGGACACAUGCAAGCGACCCCUACAGAGUGUCCGGGGACUGCCCUCAUGGAAGAAAUAUCCACUUGGAAGCAUUAUGUUCCUGGCAAUAUCACUUUUUGAUCAUGUUCGAGAACUAAGUGACGACUAAGACACCUCAAAAUGUUCAACCUGCAAAUGCCUCAUAAAAUAAGACUUAAUCAUGUAAAAAUGUAAAUAAUAUAAAAGAACAUUAAAAUUUAUACUCUUUGUAAAUAGUAAUGUAAUAAUUAAGUAAUAAAUAAUAAGUAAUAAAAAAAGAAA